AUGCUAGCCGGCGGAACCGAAGCCGACCGAAAACGCCUAGGCAGCAGUAUUGGGAUCGACGGCGAUGAGUUCGAGGUAGUCGACGAGUUCGUCUACCUCGGCUCACUGGUAACGGCGGACAACGAUACCAGCCGUGAGAUCCGGAGGCGCAUUAUCAGCGGAAGUCGUGCCUACUAUGGGCUCCACAAACAACUACGGUCGAACAGACUUAGCACCCGUACGAAGUGUGACCUGUAUAAGACCCUCAUAAGGCCGGUUGUACUCUAUGGGCAUGAGACGUGGACCAUGCUAGAGGAGGACCGGCGAGUACUCGGAGUUUUCGAGCGACGAGUACUGAGGACGAUCUUUGGCGGCGUACAGGAGAACGGAGUAUGGAGGCGAAGGAUGAACCACGAGCUCGCGGAACUCUACGGCGAACCCAGUAUCCAGAAGGUGGCUAAAGCCGGAAGGAUACGUUGGGCAGGGGCAAAGACGACCAGGGGCGCAACGAGCAAGGUGGUUAGACCAGGUGGAGCGGGAUCUGGCGGAGAGCACUCGGUGUCCCAGGGAUUGGAGAGCGGCGGCCAGGGACCGAGCUAA